AUGCCCGACUUCUUCCUCGGCGAACCCCUCCCGCACAGCGACUUCCCGCCCGACACGGACGAGAAGAAGAAGAAGGUUGGAGAUUUCUUCGCGGGCCCCGCGAGCCCGCCGGAUACGGCGAAGAAGGUGCCCGGGUUGCUGCGGGAGAUUGAGAAGCAGGCGACGGGGAUCAAGAAGUGGGGCAGUUUGGGCAUGUGCUGGGGCGGGAAGAUCGUCUCCCUGACCGCUCAACCCGGCACCUCCUUCUCCGCCGUCGCCGAAGUUCACCCCGCAAUGGUCGACCCGGCCGACGCCAAGGGCAUCAAGGUUCCCCUCUGCAUGCUCGCAUCCGGCGACGAAGACGCGAAUGCGGUCAAGGAGUUUGGGAAGACGUUGAGUGUGGAGAACCACAUUGAGACCUUUAGCGACCAGAUCCACGGAUGGAUGGCCGCUCGAGGCGACCUCGAGGAUGAAAAGGUCAAGAAGGAGUAUGAGCGUGGUUAUCAAGUGCUGCUCGACUUUUACCACCAGCAUCUGUGA